AUGGUGAUCUCGAAGAUGGAGAAGACGACAUGGAUUAGAGGAAAACCCAUCGGCCAUGGAAAAUAUGGUGUUGUUUCACUGGCCAAAAUCAACCACCAUCUCUUGCCGCUUGUGAUAGUUGUGAAAUCGUCUGGUUACUUUGUGUCUAGAUCAAUUCGUGAGGAGAGAAAGAUUCUUACCCAACUCCAAGACUGCUCACAAAUUAUUCACUGCUAUGGCGACUCCGUCACCUUUGAGGAUGGUUUUCCUAUUUACAAUCUAUUGCUUGAGUACGCUUCUGGAGGCAGUUUACACGACCGGAUAGUGUGUUCCGGUGGGGGGUUGCCGGAAUCGGAGGCCAGGUGCUACACUUGCUCAAUCCACAGAGACCUCAGUCAUAUUCACAAGUGUCGCUUUGUUCAUUGCGAUCUCAAACCUGAGAACCUUCUACUCGUGCCCAGCAGCUUGUCUUCUAAUAAGGGGUGGAGUUCUGUCAAGAUUGCCGAUUUCGGGUUCUCUAAGAGGGUUGGAGAAGAUAUGCUCUGUAGGAAGGAUGGGAUGAUGUUGAGGACCACGCCUCUUUAUGCAGCACCUGAAUCGAUUAACUUCUGUUUGUAUGAGUCUUGCUCUGAUACCAUGAAAAAUUUCGGAAGCCAAAGGUGUCCUUUUUCCAUUGAUACCUUAUGA